AUGAAUGAUAACGAGAGUACAACAACAAACGGCGAUGAUGAUAAUGAAAGUGUUACAACAUCAUCAUUUGAUUCAAGAAAAUUUCCGAGCAUGUUCAAUCGUACAACAUCAUCAAAUCCAUUUGAAAUGUUUGAAAUACUAACAAAAGCUGUAUUUGAAAAAUUUUUUAAUGAUGAUUUAUUUUGGCAUCAUUUUGCUAAUGGUUCAAGUGAGAUGGAUAAUGGAGUACAUUUUCCAAAUUUAAAUGCAUCACGUCAAAAUUCUAGUCGUUUACGUAGUUCAUCACAACGACGUCCAUCAUCGCCCACUGUACAUCGAACAAAAAUAAAUACUGGAACAAAUUUAAAUAAUAAUAAUUCAAAAGCACAUGAAAUGCAUUUUGAAUGGUUAGGUAAUAAUAAAAAACGUCGUCAAACACCACCACAAUCGGCAUUUACUCGAUUUGAUUCAGAGGAAGAAAAUGAAGAUAAUGAAAAUAAUCAAGACUAUUUAUUUAAAAAACAGCAAACUCAAUCACCGAGUUUUCCUACGCGAUUACGACGACGAACAAUGGCUGAUCAUCGUCUUGAAUCAUGUCAAUAUUGUUUUUGUCCAUUAACAUCGUCUGAAAAUCGUCUACAACAUGAAGCAAAUUGUAAACAAAAUCGAAAAUAUCCAUCAUCAAUGUUCACAACGAGAAAUAUAAACAAUAAUUCAAAGAUGAGUAAAACUGAUGAAAAUAUAUUUGCUUCAUCAUCCCAUGUGAAAUGUAAUUAUUGUCAUGAAUUAAUUCGUUCAUCAGAUAAAUUUGAUCACGAAACAUUAUGCAAACAUUAUGGUUUGAAAAAAAGCACUACCGCAACAAAAGAUCGUAAAUAUAACCCAACUACAUCACCCUCAUCAACAACAAAAUCAUCUACAUUGAACGGUAAUAAUAGUUACAAAUAA